AUGCAUCUAUCUAGUCUGUUGCCCCUUCACGCUCUCUAUGUGACCCUGUCUCUCUCUGCACAGCACUUCCCAUCCUGGGGUCACUAUGACCUGUGUAAGACCCGGGUCCACUGGGACCAAUGGAUGAGUUGGGAUUACAUGGCCUGCCAACCUGAGACCACCCUGCUCACCAGGUUCCUGAAGAUCAGUUUGGAUCCCCCCAACAGCACAUGUGGAGAGACCCCCGAGAUGUACUGCACUCUGGAGAACCCGUACAUGUGCAACAACGAGUGUGAUGCUCACACACCCGAGCUGGCCCACCCUCCCGAGCUGAUGCUGGAUGAUGAAGGCAGGAUUCCCACCAGCUUUUGGCAAAGUGUGUCCUGGAGGAGUUUCCCCAGACCCCUGGUGGUCAACAUCACCCUGUCCUGGGGGAAGAGCAUUGAACUGACCGAGGACAUCAUCAUCACCUUCGAGUCAGGCCGGCCAGAGCAGAUGGUCCUGGAGAAGUCUCUGGACCAUGGGCGGAGCUGGCAGCCCUACCAGUUCUACGCAGCCGACUGCCUCAACUCCUUCGGGAUGGAGCCGAGAAAGGCUCCGGAUCUGAGGCCGGCCUCGGUGCUGGACAUCAUCUGCACGGAGGAGUACUCCAGGGGCUACGUGUGGAAGGUGGACAAGAUGGUCCGCUUUGAGAUCCAGGAGCGCCUGGCCCUGUUCGGGGGGCCCCGCCUUGGGGACAUGGCCUCACUAUACGGCCAACUGGACACCACCAAGGAACUGAGAGACUUCUUCACCCUGACCGACCUGCGGGUCAGGCUGCUGCGGCCGGCUACUGGACCCACCAGCGUCGACCCCAACAAUCUCUCCAAGUACUUCUACGCCAUCUCCAACUUGGACAUCCGUGGCCGGUGCAAGUGCAACCUUCACGCUAACAACUGUGUCAUGAAGAAGGGGAAGCUGAGCUGUGAGUGUGAGCACAACACGACAGGGCCGGACUGCGGUCGAUGCAAGAAAGGUUUUCACGGCCGGAGGUGGAGAGCGGGCUCGUACCUACCGAUCCCCAAAGGGACGGCCAAUAUCUGUGAACCCUCCCUAAAUGCACUGGGCACCACUUUGUGUGAUAACCUGCUGACACGGUGUGAGAACGGAGGAGUGUGUGAGGAGAACGGGAGGUGCCGGUGCCCAGCUCCCUACACCGGGCUCCUGUGUGAGAAAGUCCAGUGCAGGAAGGGAGCGGGAGGCUGCGUCUCCCAAUCGGCCCGGGAGCCCUCCCUGCACCGGGCGCUGCUCUCGCUGACCGCGCUGCUCACCGCUGCCCGCGGCUGCUCACUGCUCUGAGCCGCUUCCAGUACCACCCGAAAGCUGAGGAGAGCGGCAGGACAAAUCCAGCGUUUACUGCGAUGCCGUUCAAACACGCACCACCCCUCCCUCUCUCUCCUCCCACACCUCCGCAUUCCCGGCAAAGGAUAACUGCAAGUGAGGUCUGAACCCGCCCAGUCACCC